AUGUGUGAUACAGUGGCAGAAGGUUUGGAGUGUUUUAUUUCUGCCUAUUCUAUCUAUUCUUUUGCCUCAGGGUUUGAGGAGCCUGUCUCCUACCAUCUUAUCCAGAUAUCAUCCUUUCACAACCAUUCCUGGAAACAUCUGGGCUCAGGCUGGUUGGGGGAGCUGGAGACACACAGCUGGAACAGCAGCUCGGGUACCAUCAUUUUCCUGUAUCCCUGGUCCAGGGGCAACUUCAGUAAUAAUGAGUUGAUGGAUCUGGAAAAGUUUUUCCACACAUACUUCACUAACCAUCAGGAAUUUUACAUUUCUCUAUUAAUGUUUAAAGAUUCCUUUGAUCUACAGGUUACACUAGGCUGUGAACUGCAUUCUGGGAAGGCCUUUGUAGGCUUCCUGCAGAUAGCAAUCCAAGGAUUUGAGUUCAUGAGCUUUCAGAAUGAAACAUUCUUACCAUCCCCAAAGGGUGGGGAACAAGCCCAGCAAGCCUGCCUACUACUCAAUCUCAGCCCAGCCUUCAAACAUACGAUACAUAAGCUCAUCAGUGACACCUGCCCACGUUUCACCUUGGGUCUCCUUGAUGCAGGGAAGACUUAUCUCCAGCGACAAGUGAAGCCUGAGGCCUGGCUGUCCAGUGGCCCCAGUACUGGUCCUGGCGGUCUGCUGCUGGUGUGCCAUGUGUCUGGCUUCUACCCAAAGCCCGUGUGGGUGAUGUGGAUGCGAGGUGACCAGGAGCAGCUGGGCACUCAGAGAGGUGACAUCCUGCCCAAUGCUGAUGGGACGUGGUAUCUCAGAGCAACCCUGGAUGUGGCAGCUGGGGAGGCGGCUGGCCUGGCCUGCAGGGUGAAGCACAGCAGCCUAGGAGGGCAGGACCUCGUCCUCCACUGGGGUGCACCUCAUAGAUCCCUGGGCUUGGUCCUCUUGGCAGUGAUAGUGGCCCUGGCUCUUCUGACAGGUCUUGGAUUUUGGCUUAGGGAACACUGGACAUACCGUGAAGCUCCUGGCAGAGCUUUCCUUUUGAAGUGAGGACCCAGCUACCCAGAUUCCCAGUCUACACCUGAACGCCAAUGCAGAUGACAUAAUAUCAACUCUCUUUGUAAACCUUUGCAAUUCAUUUCAUUACAUGAUCAGUUACCAAUAUAUGCUCAAUGUAAUCUUGCAGGAUUGGUUGUUCUAACCUGGUUUGUGGGAUUUUAACUCUGAAUGGAAUAGGGUGUUAGCAAUGUCUUCCUGGUAGAUAUAUUGGAUCAUCAGAUGCAUUUCAGAUAUUGAA